AUGGCAAUAUUCGGUUCACGUAGAAAAUCCACUUAUCAAGGAUUUAGUAAAUAUUCAAAUGAAGUUCAACAAUAUGAAAAUAACGUUGCCGGUUUGCCAAAUAAUGGGAUCAAUAGAACUGAAUCCUUAAGUAAUAGUGCUGGAUCAGCUGCUUUAGCUGCCUUAAGAUUACAUCAAAAUUCAACGCCUCAACAAACGAAGCCUCCACAACCUCCUAAGAUUGGUAGGAAUAAUUCUCUAAGUCAAAGAUCUAAUUCUUUAAAGACUUAUACUUAUCAUCCUAAGGGAUCAUAUACACCUGGUCAGGCUGCCAUACCCAACGCUAGACGAUUCAGUUCAUUAAAUUCUAAUAGUAAUAAUCAUUUACAGGAUAUUCAAAAUAAUUAUUUAAGACCACCAAAGAAAAUCUCCUCCAACAGACAUUCAUCCUUGAAUAGUAACAAUUCAAGGAAUUCAAACUUAUAUCAGGAACAAGAUCAUUUUGAAGAUGAAGAUGACGGUGAAACCAUAAUAACAACUCAAACCACUAAAGUCGUUGAUAGUCAAGGUAGGGUUCAAUCAAUAACAACUAAAACAAUCAAAACUUUGCCUGAUGGUUCCAAUAUUAUUGAAACUACCACCAAAAACAUAUCACGUUCAAAUAGUUUGAGAAAUAAUAGUUUAAGGACUAAUAGUUUCAGGAAUAAUUCUUUAACUAGUUCUCCUCAAGAUUAUAAUCUCCAUAAAAUUGACGAAGACUUGCAAGAUUUCGAAUACAAUUAUGAAUUAGAUAAUGAAUUACCUUUAAAUCAUCCUGAUCAUUUGGAAUUGAAUCGGGAUGAUGUUAAUUUAAGUGUUGAUUCUAAUAACAAUUCCAAUAUUUCGUCAAAUGCCACCCCACAAUUACAUUCCCCAUUGAAUUCUCCUAAGAUAAGUACUGCAAAUCUUCAAACAUCUCCAAAUUUGGGCAGUUCCAGUUUGAAUGCAUCUCCAAAAUUAAAUAGUAACACUCAAAUUUCACCUGACAAGAAAGAUAAACCUUUAAAGUCUAUCUUGAAAAGUCCGAAACCAGUAGAAGGCGGAGACGAUAUUGAAAUUGGUUCCAUACAUUCUUCGCCUAAUCAUCCUUACAAGACUAUUGGUAAUCCUUUAUCAGAUCCUCCUAAAUUCAAAGUUCCCCAAAUCCCCAAGAAAACUUCGCCAGUUAGAGAAAGAGAUAUCACGUCCAAUGCUUCAGCUACUUCAGCAAGCUCGAUCAAAUUCAGUGAUAAUGUUGAAACCAUUCCGAUUUAUCAUUAUGAGAAACCUCAAGUGUCAAAUCAAGAAUUAUAUGAUAAAGCUAUGAAAGUCGCUAUGCAGAAAGUUUAUGGAGCUAAAAAGGACGAAACGACAUUAGCUCCUUCCCCGGAGAUUGAGUCGGUACCACGAAAAGUGGUUGACAAGAAAGAUAAACAAGACAAGAAAUUACAAGUCUUGGGACAUUCAGGUGUUAAUGACAAUUAUAUUUAUGAAAAUCAUCACAAAGAUUUCAAAAUUCACUCUAUGAGAGAUGACAAAGAUUCGAAAGCUUCCUCAAGGAAAGAAAGAGCUAAGUUGGAGAAGAAACAAAGAAAGGAUUAUGAAAAACAAUUGAAGGAAGAUGAAAAGCGUAGAAAAGAAGAAGAAAAACGUAAGCUCAAUGAAACCAAGAAUAAAAAGAAGAGCCCUAUCAGAGGUCUUUUCUCUCGUAGAAAGAAGGAUGACGAAACAGUUUCCAUUAAUCAUUCAUUAUCUGAUGGUGUACUUGAUGGGUCACCAAGAAGACAAGUGAGUGAUAAUGCCAAUGAUAGCAUUGUAGGGGAACUUGAUGAGGUACCAGUCGUCCAUAAAAAUGGAAAUUCGAAGGUGGUUGAAAGUGAAGAAGUAAUCUAUGAAAAGGUCGAUCCAUUGGAUGAAGCAGUUGGCGAGGUGGCUUUGGAAGCUGCUACUGCUGUAACUACGGAUCAACCUCAAGAUUCUGACGAAGUUCUCAAUAAAAGGUACUCUGAGGUACCUUCCAUGCCAACUCCUCAGAUUAGGCAGGAACAGACUUUUGACUCUCCCCAGGCUUUCAUAAGACCAAGGCCAUUACCAAGAGGUGAUUUGGAAUCCUUACCUAGCCCUAAUUUGAUGACAAAUUUCGAAUCCCAACCACUCGAUGCUAAGGAUGACGGUGUCAAAGACUCCACUGUGAUAAAGAAGUCAAGUUCAGAGUUUAAGCAACCUGAUAUUUUGACUGGUCAAACAAGUAAGUCAAACAUAAGUAAACCCGAAGUUUCACCAAUUAUCAUUGGUAACAGUCCACAGUUUGAAUCAUUCGAAAAGAAUACAGAAAUUCCAAGACCUCUUUUGAAUGAUAUCUCAACCGAUGUGGAUACUGACCUUGAUGAAUAUGAAGAUGUUUUGGGAAGUCCAGGCUCUGUCUCAAGAAAGGUAUCUAGAUCCAAUAGUGUGAAGUCACCAAAGGAAAUUGUUGUUGAAGAGGAAUCUCGUGUGCCUGUGGAACAACCAAUUGUGGAAGAAUCUAAUGGAGAUGAUGGUGAUGGUGAUGAUGACACAAUUUUGAACAAAGAGGAUAAAAACGUCCACACUUUCGCCAAUUUUAAUAAUGAUAUCAUUGGAACCAAAGAACCUCAAACAUUAUCGGAUUUAAUCAAACUUGGUAGAACGGAAGAUACUGAUGAUAGCUUCCAACCUCCAAAUGCUUAUGAUUCUGACUCUGAUGUAAGCUCCAAAUUUUCAGCUGAUUUGAGUGCCGCUAUCAGGAGGAUUUCUGAUUAUCCAAAUGAAGAUGGUGAACAUGGAGUUGAAGAUGAUUGGGAUAAUGAGAAUAUUCAUAAUGAGAACCGUGAAGCGUUUGUUAUUGAUGAACCUUUGACUGUGAGUGAUAAAAAUGUUAAGAUUUAUGAACCUGUUGGUCAAACUACUAACCAAGACGUUGAAGCCUCGAGUGCAUUUGCUAGUCCAACCGAGGGAACUUUCCCAAAAAAGAAUGAUUCAGCUCCACUCACUGAGUCUUCUGAUGACAGAUCCCCUCAACCUUCACGUUCUACUUUGGCAACUAACGAUAAAGGCGUAAACAAUGAUAUUCCAGGAGUUGUUGUUGACAAACAUGGAGUGUUCACUAAUAAGCCUAAAAAAGCUAAAAAGAGUUUUGGUAAGAAGAUUCUCAAGUUAUUCGUCAAUUCCUAUGAACAAAACCAGAAGUAA